GGUUUUACUUUAAUUUGCAGCUUCAAAUUAAAACUUUGCUUAUUUUAGUCUGGAAAUAUUUCAAGAGUGUUAACAUAGUUGUUUAAGAAAAAUAGAACUACUCAACAACAUUCAACAUGGCUGCCAGUUUGUUGGAAUGUGAAAUUUGCACUGAAGAAUUUGAUGAGAAGAACCACAGGCCACUCUUCCUGCCUUGUGGCCAUACCUAUUGUUCCACUUGCAUUUCUAGUUUGCUGAAAAAUCCUCAAAGCAGACUAUGUCCUAAAUGUAGGAAGGAGAUUUCUGUACAAGGAAUCCAGGUCAACUAUGUGUUAAUGAACGCAAAAGGCGAGAGCAGCAAACGACCCUUGGAAUUGGAGACACUGUGUCCUCAUCAUGGCAGUAAUGUUGACUACAUCUGUGUGGACUGUCAUUCACUCCUCUGCUUUGGAUGCCUUGAAGGCAUCCAUGCCGAGCAUCAAAUUAGCUUGAUCGACGACUUGCUGCUGAAAAAAAAUGGUGAUGUGGACUCCAGGACCAAGAUACAAACUGCUCUGCAAGGAAAACUUGAGCAACUGAACAAUAUGGCAUCAGUGUUUUCUAAAACAUUGAAGUUUAUUGAUGAAUUAAAUAAACUGAAGACUAAUAUAGAAGGCUGGAACAGUUUUGUUGAUGCCCAGAUAAAUUCAACAAAGGAAGAUCUAAGGGCCUGGGUCAACCUACCCACCUGUGUUGAUGAUAAUAAGAGGAUCAAAUGCAAGGAGAUUAUUGGUCGUGUCAAACUGGAACCCACAGAAAAUGAAUUCAUGUUGCAAGGAAUCCGUAAAAAGUUUAAUGCUGCAAGCAAGGAGUGGGAUUCCCUUAAGGGGAAUGGAGAAGCUUCAAUGCUGAAAAUCAACGAUGCUGAUUCCAACAAGGGAUCCUCGUGCAAGCCCAACCCAAGAGUUGUCCUCCGAGCCGUGCGUCCUUCAGCUGAAGGACUUCCCCCCAGUUGUCACUCACUUCUUAACCCCCAACCCCCACUCAGUUCACACCCACAGCCCCCACUCAGUUCACACCCCCAGCCCCCACUCAAUUCUCACCCACAGCCCCCACUCAGUUCUCACCCCCAGCCCCCACUAAGUUCUCAACUCCCAGCCACCACUGAGAUCUCACCCCCAGCUGCAACUCAGUCCUUAUCUCUCAGUUGCCACCCAAUUCUCUCCUCACAGNAAGAGACAGACUCAAUACUUACCCCCUAA